UCCGGUGUGUGUGUUUUUCCCCCCGCUAACCGAAGCACACAUCCUCAUGGCCAUGUCUCUGGGUCAAGCUGGCCGGGUUCUGGUGAAACCCCUCCGGGUUGUCCUUCAGCCCCCAGCCUUGCUCUUCAACCGGAGCUACACGGCUAUUGCGGAAGCCCGAGCCGUGUUAAACGGCGAGCUCGAGUCUAUUCGCACGGCGGGGACGUGGAAAUCGGAGAGGAUCAUCUCCUCCAAGCAGGGACCGCACAUCAACGUGGACGGAAGCCGCAUUUUGAACUUCUGUGCCAACAACUACCUUGGCUUGUCCAGUCACCCAGAGGUGGUGCAGGCAGGGAUCGACGCUCUCAAGUCGUACGGCGCUGGACUGAGCUCGGUCAGAUUCAUCUGCGGUACUCAGGAUUUGCACAAAAACCUGGAGAAGAAGUUGGCAGAGUUCCACGAGAGGGAGGACUGCAUCCUCUACGCCAGCUGUUUCGACGCCAACGCCGGACUGUUUGAGGUCCUGCUGGGUCCCGAGGACGCCGUGUUGUCCGACGAGCUCAACCACGCCUCCAUCAUCGACGGCAUCCGUCUGUGUCGGGCCAAGCGGCUGCGCUACAAACACCUGGACCUCAGAGACCUGGAGAGCAAGCUCAAGGAGUCUCAGUCCUCUCGCAUGCGGCUGGUGGUGACAGACGGGGUCUUCUCCAUGGACGGGGACGUGGCCCCUCUCGUAGGAAUCUGUGACCUGGCGGAGCAGUACGGGGCCAUGGUGUUCAUCGAUGAAUGCCACGCCACCGGUUUCCUGGGUCCUCGGGGCAGAGGAACUGAUGAGCUCCUGGGCGUGAUGGAGCGUGUUGACAUCGUCAACUCCACCCUGGGAAAAGCCCUGGGAGGUGCAGCUGGUGGUUACACGGUGGGCCCCAAGCCUCUCAUCGACCUGCUUCGGCAGCGUUCUCGGCCCUACCUCUUCUCCAACUCCCUGCCUCCUCCCGUGGUGGGCUGUGCCACGCGGGCGGUGGAGCUGCUGCUGGCCUCCAGUGACAUUGCCCACACCAUGUCUGCCAAGACCAUGAGGUUCCGGAACAAGAUGACCGAGGCGGGCUUCACCAUCUCAGGCUCCGCCCACCCCAUCUGCCCGGUGAUGCUGGGCGACGCGCGGCUGGCGUCGCUCAUCGCGGACGACAUGCUGAAGCUAGGAGUCUACGUGAUCGGGUUCUCCUUCCCGGUGGUUCCCAAAGGCAAAGCCAGAAUCCGCGUUCAGAUUUCGGUGGCGCACACGGACGACGACAUCGAUCACUGCGUGGACGCCUUCGUUCAGACGGCUCGCAAGCAUGGCGUCGUGUCUUGAAGACCAGGGAAGUGACUUGACUUCUUGACUAUAUUGACCAGGAUCAAUACACAAUGUUAUUGAUCAUCCUGGGGGGGAAAUAAUGUUUUCCACUUGGUAUUAAAUACAUGACUCAAGUUGAAAUAUUGUGUGCAGCCAAAGUGAGUCAAUAUUUAUACUCUGCAAAUUAAAUAUUUAUACUCUGCAAAUUGAAUAUUUAUACUCAGCAAAGAGGAAACUGUCAAGGUUGACUUUGAUAUAAAAUGUAUAAAAAAGUGUUUAUUUCCACUUGAUUAGUCACUAAACACCAAAGUGUAAAAAAAGGCUGUUUACUUAUUUUAAAGUGUCCUUGCUAACUAAAAAUAAUAAUAAUAAACAAUGAAUUAAAAUCAAUGUUAUAAAUUAUUGAUCCAAUUUUUUUACAUCAAAUAUUUUACUUUGAAAUAUUUUUAGGGACAAUAUAGCAUUUUUAUGUCAAAUAUUUAGUGUGUUUGCCAUAAAAAAAAGAUUUGUAUUAUUAAAUUUAUAUAUAUAUAUAUAUUUUUGUUUGUAUGCAGACAAGUUUUGUCAUUUAUCUGGGGUAGGUUCCUGCCUUUUUAAACCCCUAAACAUGUUAGAGAAAAUGAAUGAAUAAAUGAGGUUUUUGUUUCGUUGAAAUCUCGAGAUUUAAAAAAAUGAAAACAACUUUUUUUAACACUUUUCACCCCCUGCGACACCAAAAGGGAAAAGCGGUAGAAAAUGGAUGGAUGGAUGAGUGGGGUCCUUUUGGAUCCCUGAUAAUUUUAGUAGGAUAGUUUUUAAACUGUCAUUGCUAAUAAUAAAUAAUAAUAAUGAAUCAAAAUCAAUGUUGUUAUAAAUGAUUGACCUAUUUAGGGAUACUAAUAUUUUACUUUGAAAUAUUUCUGUGGACAAUAUUGCAUGUUUAUGUCAAUUAUUUUCUGUGUUUGCCAUUAAAAAAGUUUUCGUUGACAAAAAGGGCUAAAAAUAAACAAAAUAAAACAUGAAAAAAUACUAAAAAUGUACAAUUGUGGGACAGAUCUGAAGUGGAUCUUGAGAUUUAAGUGUUGAAAGUAAAAAAAAAUUUAAAAUUCAUAAUUAUUUUUAACACUUUUCACCCCUCGCUACCCCAAAAAGGAAAAGCGGUAAAAAAUGGACGGAUGGAUGAGUGGGGUCCUUUUGGAUCCCUGAUAAUUUUAGUAGGAUAGUUUUUAAACUGUCAUUGCUAAUAAUAAAUAAUAAUAAUGAAUCAAAAUCAAUGUUGUUAUAAAUGAUUGACCUAUUUAGGGAUACUAAUAUUUUACUUUGAAAUAUUUCUGUGGACAAUAUUGCAUGUUUAUGUCAAAUAUUUUCUGUGUUUGCCAUUAAUAAAGUUUUCGUUGACAAAAAGGGCUAAAAAUAAACAAAAUAAAUCAUGAAAAAAUACUAAAAAUGUACAAUUGUGGGACAGAUCUGAAGUGGAUCUUGAGAUUUAAGUGUUGGAAGUAAAAAUAAUGUAUUUUUAACACUUUUAUGAGUGGCGUCCUUUUGGAUGCCUGAGAAUUUUAGUGGGAUUUUUUUAACGGACGUUGCUCAAAAUCAAUGUUGUGAAUUAUUGACAUAUUUAGGGAUAUUAUUUUACUUUGAAAUAUUUUUGGGGACAAUAUUGCAUGUUUAUGUCAAAUAUUUCAUGUGUUUGCCAUAAGGAAAGUUUCCAUUAUUACAUUUAUAUAUUUCCCUUUUUUAAGCAGACCAGGUUUGUCAUUUAUCUGGGGUAGGUUCCUGCCUUUUAAACCCCUAAACAUGUUAGAGAAAAUGAAUGAAUAAAUGAGGUUUUUGUUCCGUUGAAAUCUCGAGAUUUAAGGGUUGAAAGUAAAAAAAUUUUAAAAAUUCAUAAUUAUUUUUAACACUUUUCACCCCCCGCUGCCCCAAAAGGGAAAAGCGGUAGAAAAUGGACGGAUGGAUGAGUGGGGUCCUUUUGGAUCCCUGAGAAUUUUAGUAGGAUAGUUUUUAAACUGUCAUUGCUAAUAAUAAAUAAUAAUAAUGAAUCAAAAUCAAUGUUGUUAUAAAUGAUUGACCUAUUUAGGGAUACUAAUAUUUAACUUUGAAAUAUUUCUGUGGACAAUAUUGCAUGUUUAUGUCAAAUAUUUUCUGUGUUUGCCAUUAAAAAAAGUUUUCUAUGGCAAAAAGGGUUAAAAACAUACAAAAUAAAACAUGAAAAAAUAAUACAAAUGUCUUGACAUGCACAAUAAUAAGUUAAGAACUGCACUGCCUCUCUUGUGUCAGACGGUCACAUAAAGGACAAGCGGUAGAAAAUGGAUGGAUUUUGUGUGUUUGCCAUAAAAUAAGUUUUCUAUGACAAAAAGGGUUAAAAG